AUGGGGGUGCCAGGUCUCUGGGAUAUCAUUCACGUUGUGGGAACAUCUACCGCCAUUGGGAAGCUCGCUGUGUUAGACGGCUUUCAGCACAACGUGUCGAAUAGGCGUGGCUACAGAAUCGGAAUCGAUGCCAGUAUUUGGCUGCACCACGCGUCAUUCUGCCAGGGCGGAGAGAAUCCGGGCCUUCGCCUGCUGUUUUUCCGGGUGCUGAGUUUGUUACAUUGGCCCAUUCUUCCUCUUUUUAUGUUUGAUGGGCGUGCAAGGCCCAAAACUAAGAGAGGCAGUAAACUGGGCAAGUCAGGAUCACACGCGCUCGCUAAAGAUUUCAAGACGAUGCUGUCUCUGAUGGGUGUAGAAUGGCGAGAAGCUGCGGGUGAAGCAGAGGCAGAGCUAGCGCAACUGAACAGAUACGCUUCCUUAGACGCAGUCAUGACAGAUGACGUAGACGCAUUUCUUUUCGGGGCCCAAACUGUGAUAAAAAACACCGGGAUCAAUCUAUCAGGCAACAAAUCGAAGCCCGCCCUGGACAAGAAUGGGAAACCUAGCAAGCAUCAUGUCUGGGUGUAUACCGCCGAUGCCAUGCAGAGCCACCCUGGCGUCUGCCUGACUCGAGGAGGACUGAUUUUAUUCGCCCUUCUAAAUGGCGGGGACUACCAUACUGGGGUCGACAAGAUCGGGAAAGUGAUAGCACAUGGCCUUGCGCGAUGUGGCUUUGGAGACUCAUUGCUAACCGCAUACCAAAACCGCAAUAACCAAGAUAUUCGCCCAUUCCUCCCCCAGUGGCGAGCUGAGAUGAUGCAGGAGCUGCGCACCAACUCCAAGGGAUUUCUACCACAUAUAUGUGCAUCCACGAGUCUUCCCGACACGUUUCCUGACAUGGAUGCAUUGAAAAACUAUGUGGAGCCGGCAGUGUUCGCGACACAGGCGAGACGUGGAGGGGGGAGCGUGAGGGAUGCGAGGUCUUUCAAUAUUGCCGCCCUAGCUGCGUUUUGUGAAGAGAAAUUCGGGGAGUGGGGAUAUCGAGACGUUAUCAUCAAACGGUUUAGGACACUGGUAUGGCCAUCAGCAGUGAUGCAUCUCCUGCGCCACUCGACUUUGGACAGAGACGAGAAGCCGACUAGAAACGGCGUUCGGCCUCCGCCCGUAGGGACUCCGACGUCUUUGGUGCAGAAAUACCUCGGUGGACCCGUUUCCAUUCAACCGACUAACGCUAUCGCAGAUGCCUUCGUCAACAGAGGAACGGUACGCCCAGCCGUACAACCAGUAGACGACACGUGUCCUUUGGGCUUGAAGAUCGUUCGAACACGACAGCAUGUUUCCACAGACGAGAUGCUGGAAUACUUGGUCGCAUUUUCGCCAACCCAAUUCGUUGAUCUUGCUAAUCUAGGAAUUAAGGGAUUUCGUGGGGCCGCCCCAACAAACGAUAGCGAGGAGUUAGACGAAACCGGGAACGUUAAGGUCGGUGCAAGAUCGACUGGGAAGCUGCCUCCGCCUCCUCGCAGCGCAGUGCAAUUGUGGGUACCAAGCGUCGUCCUUGCUGAAGUAUAUCCUGGACUUGAGGAGGAGUUCAGGAAUCGUCCCACUAGGGCACCUCGACGUGCACCACAAGCUACUCAAGUGAGGGUUGCUUCCGAGGCCCCUGACGAGGAAAUGGAGGAUACACUCAGCAUCAAGAGCUCCCCACCAAGGCGUGCAAUACCUCCACGCCGAUCUCCCGUUGCGUCAACGUCUACUCAGCCUGUGGCUGGACCUUCUGCCUUUGAAUUUGAAGGAAUAACACUGGUAGAUGUGCCCACUCGACCUCAGACGCCCCCGACGGCCCAGCCAAAGGAGUUUCUAUUUGAGGGUAUCACGUUCGUUGACGUGAAUCCUGUCGAAAUCACCACUCGCAAAGACAACCAGCCACCGUCUGCAUCUGCGCCACUACAAAGAGUCCACAGUAUCAUCGAUCUCACGAAUUCCCCCGUCAGACCCUCGAGGCAAUCAGAGCAUGCUUCAUCUUCCAUCCCGGUCUCUGCUCCGGGUCCCAUACGAUACAACAGACGCAAUGACUAUAAUUCAAGUAGUACUCAGCCACCCAAGAUACACUACGGGAGGUUGCAUGAUGCAGAUAUUAUUUCGGAAGGCCUCAGCGAUCAAGAGGAGCUGCCCCGAAGUCGGUUUGAUGAUAUCUUUGAGCAGUUGAUAUCCAAAAAGAAGGCCCCAAUAAAGCGGGCUGGACAAUGUCGGCCACGGAACACCAAGAGGUCGGUAGAACCAUUCGAGGGUCCAAGUGAAACUUCGACGACCCAAUCGAUGUCGUUUCCAUCGAUGUCACAGGAACCUGUGUCGACGAGGCCGACUUCAAACUGGCGUCCAUCAGCCCGAGUUCGCGCACCUGUCAUGCAGGUGAGAGAUCUCACUGGAGGGAGGACGGGUCCAUCUUCUAGUCCUGUUCUUUCGCUCUCACAGCCCCUCCCUGAAGCGGCAGCGAUGAGGGUGCCUAGGUCCCCGGUCCCCUUGAAUAUGUCGCUCUCUCAACCGUCUACUAGUGUGGCCGCCCAAACUCUGGCACAUAGCAACAACGUCGCCCAGUCAUGGCCUCGGGGAAACGGCGCAUCUACACUAGGUCAACCAUCCUACGGAAUCAUUCCGCCCAAUUUACGUGCUGAUCCAUCUCCAUUGCCCCUGCCGCGGGCCGAAUUCAGGCCGGUCGCUAGAUUGCCAGACGCCCUCGACGUAUUUCUUGCGCAGAAUCCUUCGUCACGAGAUCUAGGAGAUGUGAAUGAUGGUGGCAUAAGCGCCCGAAAGCGGCCAAGUCCAUCUAUAAGUCCAUCUGUAAGUCAACCAGGGAGUACAUUGAAGAGAGUGAAGUCGAAUCAAGAGAACCGUCCGCGUCCACGUCCACACCUACGCCCAAUACGUCCGCCCGCGGGUCCAGCCAAUCGUGUCGUUUCAGCACCUGUGCCGUUGCCGAAGUUCAAACCGAGUCCAGGUUUGUUUUUGAGAGGGAUGUGGGACAGCGACGAUGAUGAUAUGCCCUCCCUCCCGUCUGGUCAACCUACGAAACAUUUCCUCCUCCCGCGGCCCUCCAUUGGCGACCAAAUGCCAUCAAGUUCGCAGGACAGUGCCCUGUAUGAUGGCGACAUUAUUGAUUUAACAGAUUAUUGA